AUGUUGUUGAUUCCUCAUGACAAGACUGUUGAGGAGACGUUAACAGAACACCAAUCUUCAAGAUGUACGCUUCAUUUACUAUCUGGUCUUCCAUCAACAAUAAGAAAAAAAUGUGGAUUGUCCGAAUGCAAAUCAGUCAACGAGAGUGAUACAUUUGUGUUUGUUAUUUGUGAUGGGUGUGGUGAGAUGUUUUGCCUAAAACAUCGAUAUCCUGCGUCACAUCAAUGUUCUUCAUUAAAUGUAGCAUCCGAAGCAAAGGCAAAAAGACGCGCAAAAGCGGAAGAAAUCAAAGCACAAUAUUUAAGAGCAUCUAAAGCUGCCGUUGUUAAUUCAAAAUCCAAAACCACUUCAACAAAAUCAUCUUUGGUAAAUCUCACUACUAAUCCCAUAAAUGAGAAACCGAAAAAGAAGUCGAGCAAAAUUGUUGAAGUGAUGAAACUUAAAGCUAAAGCACAGGGUGACCAAUCAAUCCCACAUGAUUCACGUGUUUAUUUAUAUGUACAUUUUCCACGUGAUUCUAAUGUGUCAACCAAACCUUUAUUCUUUAAUAAGAACUGGACAAUUGGUAAGGUAUUAGAUCGUAUCGCUAUUGCUGGAAAGAUUAGCAAUACAAAUAAUCGGUUGACCUUUGGUGAUCCUAAUUUCCUUUUGCUAUAUAAUAAAGAAACAGGUCAACUACUCGAGAUGGACAAGAAAUUAGGUGAUUUAAUCGAAAGUGGGGGAGAACUUUUAUUAGAGAGACAAGGAGCGUAUAUUUCUUAG